UUUGUUUAUAGACAUCGAGAGGUUGGCUUUUCUGCAGUACGCUUGGCUCGUUAUACUCUGGCUUUGAAUGCGAUGUGCAUGGAUCCGAGACAAUUCCAUGGUCACGAUUUAAUUGGUACAUUACAACAUCACGAUCCACCGACCGAUUAUGAAUUCGCAUUGACAACACUCGCGGCUUGUAGUGCACAGGCACACGUACGGAAACGGCAAAUGCGCCGUCUCUUGGAUAUUGCAAAUGCUGUACGGGAUCAUAAUGUCGAUACUGUUGCAAUGUUGAUAUUGGCGCUACGGUGUAUCGUCCAGGAUCAUCGACAUCGCAAUCUUCAUCAUAUCGUUCGUAAGCCAUCAAUGGAACUGGCACGGCAGCAAAGGCAUGAUGGCAGUUUUGGUGACUUACAAACUACCGUUUUGGUGAUGCAAGCACUAGAAGAAGUCGAAAAUGAACCUGCAGAUAUUUGGAACAGAUCCGCAGCUCUAACCUGGCUAAUUAAUCAACAACGAUCAGACGGAUCAUUCCAUGGUGAUGUUCGAGCCACUGCCGAAGCGAUGUUAGCCGUCGCACCACGUGGAUUAGCCAGUAUCCGAGCUCUUGACUGUGAACAGGAUGUAUCGGACCAUUCGUCACCUCGUCUAACUACAAGCAACAUUGCAGAUACUGGGACAUCUGAUAAUCCUAGUGAAACUUCUCUACUAUCAGAAGCAUCGGGAAAUAAUUCAAGCAAUAUAGAUGCCACGAUCAUGGGUACCUCGUCACCGGUGCUGGUAAAUGUGUCGUAUACUCUGUGGGUUGGCAGCAACGUAAACGAAACGUAUAAUUUGACAGUGACUGCGCCCAAAAAUGAGACUUUCUAUAGUGUGAUGCUCUUGGCAGCGGGCAUAUCUCCUCAUUUCCAAUUUAGUGCAUCUGAAUGGCCUAAUGGUCAUUACGUUCAUACAUUAGCCGGUUACAAAGAAGAACCUAUGUCCUAUCACUACUGGUUACUAUACAGAUUACCUUCACCACCAGAACCAUCUUCGCCGCCUGGAAAUCAAUUGGUUGCACCUGGAGGUGUCGACAACUUACAGAUCAGUGAAGGAGAACAUUAUCUCUUCUGGUACAAAAAGCUAUGAAAUGUACAGUAAGAGGAAUUUAGAAAAUAAAAUAAUAAAAAGUAAUGAAAA